GUUUUUGUUAAUUUCUAUUCUCAUAUUCUCAACACGGUAUAAUUGUGUGGAUUACUUCACUGACUUUGUUCGACGACUUCAAAAGUUUAAUCUGUUGCAGCAGAAUCGCACUCCAAAGCUGUAGACGAGGAACCAUUGGAAUCUCGCUUCCUAUGAUUUAGGAUACAGUUACCAUGACAACGUUACCCAUCGCCUCCGUCGUCAUUUUCCUUGCUUUCACUCUGCAUGGAACAUCAUCAUGUUCUUGUGUCCCGAUGGAUGAGCCAAUAACUUUCUGUUCCCCGGACUUCGGAAUCCAAGGGACGGUUACGAAAAUCGAAGGCAACUUAACGUUAUUCGAAGAUCUUGUCUACAGUGUGCGGGUACUCGAAGUGUAUCACGAUUCGUCUGAUGCCAUUCAAGUGAGUACGACCAUUGACAUCACGACUCCAGGCCACACUUGCGGGAUCCAUUUCUUGUCAGAGGGCCUGACGUACCUGAUUUCAGGAGUUACCAACAGCGGAUCAUAUGCGAUAAACAAUUGUCAAUCUGUCGUGAUGCCAUACAAUGAUAUCAGAGACUUGAGUAAUGUGGGUAUUCCAUGUUCAGAGUCGCCGACGACAACAACCACGCCGACGACCAUCCCCUCAUCGCCCACCACGAGCCCCACUUCGUUGACGACAACUGCGACAAACACCAUGGCCCCAACAUCAAGAUGUCUUUGCGACGAAGAACCAACUUUCUGCUCUUCAAGCUUUGCUAUCAAAGGAACGGUUGUGAAUAUUCUCGGCAACCGUUCACUGAACGAAGAUCUGCAAUACAAUGUACGGGUACAAGAAGUAUAUCGUAAUUCAACCCAAGCCAUUCGUGUCAAUGAGAUUCUUGAAAUCCAAACUCCCGCCAGCUUAUGCGGUAUCGGUUCUUUAAAGACAGGAUCGUCAUACCUGAUUUCUGGAGGAUCCACGAGUUCGUUCUCGAUUGACAUAUGUACAUCGGUCGUGCAGGAAGUCAACGAUGUCGGUGAGGCGAGUGUCGAUAUCGACCUUCCGUGUUCUGCAUCCGUGUCGACCAUCACGUCGUUCGUCAUCAUCGUCAGUGUCCUUCUUAGUGUAGUUUUUCAUUGGUGAUAAGGACCGUGAGAAAUGAAGACAGCAUAUUGUUGGGUUAUUUGAGACGGUAUGUGUAGGCUGGUUCUAGGACAACUACCCCCUGGACAUCAACCCCCGGAUAACCACCC